AUGGCACAGCAAGAGGCGAUCGCCACAAUUCCCCGCCGCGUCAAAAUUAUAGCCGGAGCCGACGCCUUCGGCUGCAACUUGAAAGACACACUCUUAACCCACCUCGGCUCUCUCAACAUCGAAGUGGAAGACCUCGGAACUGAUAAGUACUACUCCGUCGGCGAAGAAAUCGGCCGCCGUGUCAGCCAGGCAAACACCGAUGAUUCCGUCGAGAUCCGUGGCCUAGUGGCUUGUGGCACUGGCGUGGGUGUUGGCAUCUUUGCUAACAAGUUCCCAGGAGUAUACGCCGCCACCUGCCUCACCCCAGAUGAUGCCCUCAAUGCCCGGUCCAUCAAUAAUUGUAAUGUUCUUGCUGUCUCUGGUAUGUCUACUGCCCCUGAAGUUGCUUUAGAUAUUCUGAACACUUUCCUCAACACCCCCUUUAAGGCCCCGUGCCCCGCUUCCGGUUCCAAUCCCUGGCCGGAAGAUAUCCAGUCCUUUUUGGACACUUCUGUCAAAGAAAUGUCUGGAAUUGGGAAAACUCAAAUCGAGAACAAAACUGAUGGUAUUGCUGAUUCUCCGUGUUUUAUUUGCUCCCUGGCGAAAAGCCGGGAUCAAAAGGAGUUUUCGCCUGUGGAUAUAAUGCCUGGUGCGUCCAUGAAAAUUUUGAGGGAGACGCCUACAUCGGCUAUAGUGAGGUUUAAGGCUGGCAGCGUGGAGCCGGCCCAUCAUCAUACCUUUGGAUAUGAUUUGGUGGUUAUAAGUGGGAGUAAAUGUGUGUGGAACUUGACGAAAGGAGAUAAAUAUGAAUUGGGGGUGGGGGAUUACCUGUUUACACAGGCUGGAGACGUGCACAGAGCGAAAUAUUUUGAGGAUACUGAGUUCUUUAUCAAGUGGGAUGGACACUGGGAUUUGUUCUUGGAAGAGGAUGUUGCUGCUGCAAAUGCUGCUAUUGAGAAAGAGGAACAGAAGCUCACUUUCCUUAUGAUCUUAUUACGUGGAACUGUGUGCUUCGAGUGGCAUGUAAUAAAUGCACUUGAAGUUCCUAUUAUAGAGGAUAUGAACAACGUAAUCAUCAAGAAGUGGAAAUUACAAUCUUCUAUGACAAAAAAUAGCAGCUUCUCAACCUUACUUCAAUAUUUCACAAGAUACAUUGAAACGGUGAGAAACCAACAUGCAUUGGAUGCGGCAGCUCUCCUAUCUGCCAAUCAGAGACUUGAUAAGGUGAAGCAAGAGUUGGCUAUGGCUGCUAAUGCAAAAAACCAGGCACUCAACCAUGCUAAGGACAUGUCGAAAAAUAUAGAGAUUCAUGUAGAGAAAGUGGAGAUUGUUUCUGCGAUCUGGUUCAAUUGA